AACCAAACAAGAGUUCUUCCUUCCUCACCACACCACACACACCACACCACAAAAGCAAUUCAAAUUGUUGAUUUUCUCAGAGACUCAUGGGCGUAUGAUCAUCGUUAUUGUUGUCGAGAAUGAAGACGAGGAGUAGGGCGAGAAGUUCAAGCAAUCCAUUCGAAAUCUUUGAAUUCAGCAAAGCAGAAGAGCAGGUCGAGAUCGCCUCCAAGACGAUGUCUCAGAAAUUCAAAAUCCAUCACUCCGAUUCUUCCCCUGUCAACAAAUACAAAUUCCUCCAAUGCUUUGCAAAAGAAGCCAAGACUAAAAAAAAGGACUUCAACAAUGAAAUAUUAGAUGUUGAUGCUUGUGAUGAUGCUGUCAAUGAGGUGAUAUCUGUGUCGGAUGCUCGUCCUAAUUAUCUUGAUCCCUGGUGCUCUUUUUCUGGAUCGAACUCCUACACAGCAAGAACCCUAAACCAUGGAGUCACUUCUACUGGCAGCAGACAUUUAGACAGUACUCUAUCUCGGCUUCUGUCUGAUAAUGGGCCAGUUACUAUAAAUUCAGAUGAUGAUGAUGGCAUUGAAUUGAGUUCAUCAACUUCUGCUUGUGAUCUUGCAGAAAAUGAAGGUCCACUUGAAGAACAAUUACUGGAGCAUCGUUUUGGUGGAUGUUUCAUUGAAUAUCUCGAAGCAGAACUAGUGAAGUGGAAAAUCCUAAAGAUGGUGGUGACACCAUAGCAUGGAAUGUGCAUAACUCGUACUCGUUGUUAUCUUCCUGAAUUUUAUUGACAUGAAACGAUCAUCUCCACAAUUUUCUUGGAAGACCAUACUCUAAAGUCAGGGAAAAAAGGAUUGGAGGCGGGAAUGGCAUAUUGACAGUAGGCUACCCAAAGGCCUCUAGAUUCCCCUAGCCCAUUUAGUCUAAAUGCCUAGUUACUUUUUGGAAUCAAUUGAGAUGGUUUUAAUGGCAAAGCUUUCCUAACAGCCCACAACCAGGUGGUAUGGAGGGCCCGAUGGUCAUACUUGAUUUUAAUUAUAGUGGUUACUAUGACUUUGAUAUUGUAAACCUGUUUGAAAAAGCAGCUUACCUG